AUGACGAAAAGAACGCCAGCAAAGAAGGCUACCCCAUCGGAAGGUGAAAAAGCCGAAGAGCAACCUGUGAAUGCGUUGAUCCACAACCGUGGAAUGGCGCAACGGAUCAUCAGCAGAAUCAGAAACAUCCUGCAGAAAGCUGAAACCGAGCAAACAGAGCUAACACCAGCUCAGAUAAAAGUGUACCAGAAAAGUGUUGAAGGUGCAUAUGUCGAGUUCACUAAGCAUCACCAAGAGAUCGUAGCCCAAAUCCCAACAAGUGAACGUGAUGAACAAGAUGAGUGUUUCAUGCAGUUCGUCGAUCUUCAUGAAGAAGUUUCAAUUUUUCUGGAAUCCUGGCUCCAGAAUUUCGCCCCACCAACAACUCAGCAGCCGCAUCCACCAGCAACCCAACCACCGUUGCUAGUCCAACAGUCUCUUCCUCGUGCAAUUCCUACAUUUGAUGGCAGGUAUGAGCACUGGGAAAAAUUUAAAGUGAUGUUCCGGGAUGUGGUGGAUCAAUCCAACGAAUCCAACCGCAUCAAACUGUAUCAUCUUGAAAAAUCACUCAUCGGAGACGCUGCAGGUAUAAUAGACGCAAAAACUAUGAGCGAUGGAAAUUAUGAGCGGGCAUGGCAGCUGCUCGAGGAACGCUUCGAAGAUAAAAGACGCAUAGUUCAUCUACACAUUGGAGGUCUCAUUAACACGAAGAAGUUGUCCAAGGGGAGCUACGAUGAAUUACGAACUCUCGUCGAGUCUUUUGUCAGCCAUGUGGAGAAUCUCAAAUUUCUUGGCCAGGAUUUCACUGGAGUUUCAGAGCAGAUGCUGAUUUAUAUACUGGCUAGAGUGCUGGAUGACGAAACCAAGAUACACUGGGAGUCAACAAUCAAGCGUGGGGAACUGCCUACCUAUGACGAAACCAUUGCUUUCCUGAAAAACCGUGUCUACGUACUAGAGCGAUGUCAAAACCAAACACAACGCAACGAAUUUUCCAUCAAGCCACAGCAUGUCAAUCCCGUACCACAAACCACCAAGACAUCAUUCCAUAGAUCCUACGCAGCUACAACACAGCCAAAACAAGGACCUCAGUGUGACUUCUGUGGAUGCAAUCACUUUAAUUUCAAGUGUCCGUCAUUCAGAAACUUAUCGAUCAGCCAGCGUUUCGCAAUGGUGAGGAGGAAACAUAUUUGUUUUAACUGCCUCCGAGUUGGACACCGAUCGAUACAAUGUCACUCCACUAAGGCAUGCUUCAAAUGCAAAAAGAAACAUCAUACCAUGUUGCACUAUGAUACUCCGUUGCAGAAUGUUGCGCCACAGGGAAGUUUUGUAAGUCAACCAACAAGCUCGUCGAUAGCAUUCGAAUCAACCCACAGUGAACGAUUUGGUAAUGAGCCAUCUUCGUGCAACCACUCCCAGUUACAGAAAACUCCUAUGCUUCUCACGGCCGUCGUCAAUGUGCGAGAUUGCAACGGAGGAGUUAUUUCUUGCCGCGCUUUGUUAGACAACGGUUCCACGGUAAAUUUAAUUUCCGAAUCAAUGGCGAACCGUUUAGGUCUUGAAAGAAAACCAGUAUGUAUUCCUAUUACUGGCAUAGGAGAAUCAAAAACGUACGCCAAAGACAUAAUUCUUGCAGAGGUUCAAUCCAGAACCAACAAUUUCAGCAUGGAGAUAGAAUGCUUGGUUGUUCCCAAAGUAACGGAAGUGAUUCCCACAACAAAGAUCGAUAUAUCCAAUUGGCCGAUACCAGCAGGUUUUAAAAUGGCGGAUCCGCAGUUCCAUACGCCCAACCAUGUUGACAUACUCAUCGGUGUAUCCAAGUUCUUCCGUUUGCUAAAAUCGGGAUUCUUCCAAAUGGCUGAUGACCUUCCGGAUCUUCGAGAGACUCAUUUCGGAUGGGUAGUCGCUGGAGAUAUAGGAAAUUCAUAUUUGAGACACCCCAGCUCGAAGCUAUCAAUCCUUCCGAUUGAGGACAACCGGUUUUCUAAGUAUGAACAUCCUAAUAAUUCUGGGAAUCCAUCCCAGCCCGGGGGAGUAUGUUCGCGCCUCUGUGCAGCGCUAAUCACUGCCAAAUAA